GGCGGGGCGGAGCUGGGGGCGGGUCCUGGCAUAGGGUCCUCAACAACCCCCGGAGGUGCAGCGGCUGGCCAGAGCGCCCACUGCCUAACGGAGAGACCCCAUCGUGGCGCGAUCAUGCUCCGGGUCCCCCUGUGUACGCCGCUCCCGCUCCUGGCACUGCUGCAACUGCUGGGCGCUGCGCACGGCAUCUAUAAUGUCACCCAGAGGACAUUUAAGCUCGACUACAGCCGGGACCGCUUCCUCAAGGAUGGACAGCCAUUCCGAUACAUCUCGGGAAGCAUUCAUUACUUCCGGAUACCCCGCUUCUACUGGGAGGACCGGCUGCUGAAGAUGAAGAUGGCUGGGCUGAAUGCUAUCCAGAUGUACGUGCCCUGGAACUUCCAUGAACCCCAACCAGGACAAUAUGAGUUUUCUGGGGACCGUGAUGUGGAGCAUUUCAUCCAGCUGGCUCAUGAGCUGGGACUCCUGGUGAUCCUGAGGCCUGGGCCCUACAUCUGUGCAGAGUGGGACAUGGGGGGCUUACCUGCUUGGCUACUAGAGAAACAAUCUAUCGUUCUCCGGUCUUCUGACCCAGACUACCUUGUAGCUGUGGAUAAAUGGCUGGCAGUCCUUCUGCCCAAGAUGAAGCCCCUGCUCUACCAGAACGGAGGACCGAUCAUAACCGUGCAGGUUGAGAAUGAGUACGGGUCCUACUUUGCCUGCGAUUACGACUACCUACGCUUCCUGGUGCACCGCUUCCGCUACCAUCUGGGUAAUGACGUCAUUCUCUUCACCACCGACGGAGCAAGUGAAAAAAUGCUGAAGUGUGGGACCCUGCAGGACCUGUACGCCACAGUGGAUUUUGGAACAGGCAACAAUAUCACACAAGCUUUCCUGGUCCAGAGGAAGUUUGAACCUAAAGGACCUUUGAUCAAUUCUGAGUUCUAUACUGGCUGGCUAGACCACUGGGGUAAACCCCAUUCCACGGUGAAAACUAAAACACUGGCUACCUCCCUCUAUAACCUGCUUGCCCGUGGGGCCAACGUGAACUUGUACAUGUUUAUAGGUGGGACCAAUUUUGCCUAUUGGAAUGGUGCCAACACGCCCUAUGAGCCACAGCCCACCAGCUAUGACUACGACGCCCCACUGAGCGAGGCUGGGGACCUCACUAAGAAGUAUUUUGCUCUUCGAGAAGUCAUUCAGAUGUUUAAAGAAGUCCCAGAAGGCCCUAUCCCUCCGUCUACACCCAAAUUUGCAUAUGGAAAAGUUGCUCUGAGAAAGUUCAAGACAGUGGCUGAAGCUCUGGGUAUCCUGUGUCCCAAUGGGCCAGUGAAAAGCCUCUAUCCCCUGACAUUCACUCAGGUAAAACAGUAUUUUGGGUAUGUGCUGUACCGAACAACGCUUCCUCAAGAUUGCAGUAACCCGAAACCCAUUUUCUCUUCACCCUUCAAUGGUGUCCGUGAUCGGGCUUACGUCUCUGUGGACGGGGUCCCCCAAGGAAUCCUUGAUCGAAACCUCAUGACAGCUCUGAACAUACGGGGGAAGGCUGGAGCCACGCUGGACAUCCUGGUGGAGAACAUGGGGCGUGUGAACUAUGGCAGAUUCAUCAAUGACUUCAAGGGUUUGAUUUCCAACAUGACUAUCAACUCCACUGUCCUCACCAACUGGACGGUCUUCCCACUGAACACUGAGGCCAUGGUACGCAACCAUCUCUGGGGCCGGGAGGCCAGUGAUGAGGGUCACCUUGACGGACGGUCGACCUCCAAUUCUUCGGACCUCAUACUCCCCACCUUUUACGUGGGCAACUUCUCCAUCCCCUCGGGCAUCCCAGACCUGCCACAGGACACCUUCAUCCAGUUUCCUGGGUGGUCCAAGGGUCAAGUAUGGAUCAAUGGCUUUAACCUCGGCCGAUACUGGCCCACAAUGGGCCCACAAAAGACCUUGUUCGUGCCAAGGAACAUCCUGACCACUUCAGCCCCAAACAACAUCACAGUGUUGGAGCUAGAGUUUGCACCCUGCAGCGAGGGGACCCCAGAGCUGUGUACAGUAGAGUUUGUUGACACUCCGGUCAUUUCCUGACCUGACUUGACCAUCGGUGGCCAUUUUCCAAGCCAGUCUGGUCAAGACUCAUGGCUGAACCUCUGAGACUGAGCCUUGGGGAGCACAGCUCUACUCUGGUUACACGGAUCACCUUUGUUGUGCUAGAAUGGAAGCUACAUUUCUGGAAUGUGUGUACCCUGCUGGUGACUUUGCAGCCCCGCCUUGCCUGACCUCCCACCCUAGUGGCCACCGGGAAGGCUGAAGGGAGUGGACACCACAGGAAGACACAGGUUGGAGCAAAACUUGAAUAAUGUCCUUUAUCCUGAUUUGAAAUAAUCACGUCAUCUUUCUGCUGAAUAAAAUUGGUUUGCAAGUUG